AUGGGUAUUACUACUUUGGGUGGUAUGAGUUCUUAUCUAGGCAUUCCUGAAAGCCUUGGAGGGUCAAAAACAAAAAUCUUCUCCUUUGUUCAGGAUAGACUGCAAUCACGGGCGGGUGGAUGGCCUGCUAGAUUGUUGUCUAGGGGAGGGAAAGAGGUCAUGAUCAAAUCGGUUGCCACCGCGGUCCCUACUUUUGUUAUGUCUUGCUUUCGGCUCCCGAAAACGGUUACAAGGAAACUCACCAGUGCGAUCUCUAAUUUCUGGUGGAGUUCUUCUGGAGAUUCAAGAGGGCUACACUGGAUAGCUUGGGAUAAGCUUUGUGAUGAUAAGCUGGAAGGUGGUCUGGGCUUUCGAUGUCUGGAUGACUUUAACACAGCGUUGUUAGCCAAACAACUAUGGCGGCUGAUCACAGUCCCGAACUCUUUAUUUGCAAAGGUUUUAAAAGGUCGCUAUUACAUGCACUCUGAUCCUUUGGAUCCUAUUAAAUCUUAUUCACCAUCUUAUGGAUGGCGGAGUAUGGUAUUUGCUCACUCUCUGGUACACAAAGGACUCAUUAAACGGGUAGGAUCCGGCAAUUCCAUCUUAGUAUGGUCUGACCCCUGGAUCCCUGCCCAAUCCCCGAGACCAGCAUUGCGUUCGAUCGCUCAUCGAUCCUACGCUCAGAGUUGA